UGGUUGGCUCCGGGAGUUCAACCAACAGUCAACAGCCUUCGUUCGCCACUUCAGCAGCAAGUAGAGACAGCUAGAGAACCCUUCGCCAUGGCAUCCUUCAUUGGUCAAUUCCUCAUCGCCGCCGUUCUGGCCUUCGUCGCCGUCUCUUCGGAGACCAUCCAGCUGCAGCCCACUCAGGGUAUCCUCAUCCCGGCACCGCUGGCCGAGAACAUCCGUGUGUCGCGUUCUGCUUACGGCAGCUACGGUGCUGCUCCUGCUGCUCCAGCCUACUCUGCUCCUGCUGCUCCGGCCUACUCUGCUCCCGCUGCCCCAGCUUACUCUGCUCCCGCCGCUCCGGCCUACUCUGCUCCCGCUGCCCCGGCUUACUCGGCACCUGCUGCUCCAGCCUACUCGGCACCGGCUGCUCCUGCUUACUCGGCUCCCGCUUCCAUCCCAUCCCCGCCGUGCCCCAAGAACUACCUGUUCAGCUGCCAGCCCUCCCUGCAGCCCGUGCCCUGCUCGGCUCCAGCUCCAUCUUACGGAUCCGCCGGUGCCUACUCGCAGUACGUGCCCCAGUAUACCGUUCCCUUCGUCCGGGAACUGUAAGGAACUGUCCAAUUGAAGAUGACUGGCCUAUUAACUCCAUGAAUAAAUAGAACUUAUUAUUGAAGCAUA